ACAAAUCAGGUAUAGAAAACCCCACCCCUUUAUCGCCUUCCCCCACCCAAUUAGCAGCUUCCUUCAUCACCCACCUUCCCCUCGCCACUCUUUAUCACUCAAUCACACGAGCGAAAUCCAAGAAACCAGAGGAGAGGUGGUUCCGCGAGCUCCGAUCGAUCGUCCAUGGAGAAGUGCAGGUCGGUGCCGCACGAGCACUCGUCGGCGUACUACGGCUGCGGCGGCGGGUACGACUACGAGGACGUCGGCGGCGGGCAGGGCAAGUCGUACAGCUUCAACGGGCCGAGCGCCCGCGACGACCCGGAGGCGAAGCGCCGGCGGCGGGUGGCGGCGUACAACGUCUUCGCCACGCAGGGCCGGAUCAAGACCACCGUCCGCAGCAGCGUCAAGUGGCUCAAGUCCAAGUUCUCCGACAUCCGCUACGGUGGCCUCUGAAUUCUGAAACCUCCCCUCCUGCUGCAAAUCACUAGUAACCCUACACCGUAUACCAUGAUGAACUGAUGAUCAUACGCAUCUGCACGCGGAAGCUGUAUGUUGGAAUAGUUGCUGCAUAUAUGGAGGUACUGUGUACAUGCUAUGUUUGUAUAGGCAUGUGUGCAUGUAUGAAAAGAACUGUGUAUGUGUGCCUGCUUUUCUAGAUCGGUCUGCUCUGUGUUCUCGGUCUGCAAAGAAAUGGUGGUUGUACUCUGCUUGAAUGUUAAACCUGGAGAUAAAGUUGUAUCAUGCUCUUGUCUUAAUUUGGUUUCCUAUUCCCUUUC